CUGCCACUUGUUCCUGUAUCUUUCCCUCAAUAUUCUUUAUCUAUUCACUUUGGAUCUUUAAACCAUAAAAAGCUCAUCCUUUUAUACCUUUGUAGCUCUUUUUUUUUUUUCUUUUUCAUUUCUUUUCAUCAUUACCAUUUCUUCUUUUUUUCUUUCUCUUUCGCUUAGAUAUUGACCAUGGGGCUGGAGUCCUUCUUCAAACUGGUUGCGGAUCGCGGGGUUUUACCUUCGGAAACUGACGUGGGCACUUCCUUGGCGGCAAAUCCUGACCAUUCUGUUCAUGUAGAUCUCCUCGGUACGUUCUAUUACGACAUCCUCCGCAGAGUCGUCCAUGCAAAGAUGAAAAACGAAACCAUCAUUGAUGUAGGAAGGUCUCUGGCUCUCGUGAUAAAGGAUCUUUUCAUAACGGACAAUCUGACUAUACAUAUUGAUGGGGAACCUUGUACUGAGGAAGAAAAGGCAAGGACAGAACGGCAAGCCAUAAGACAAAAAAAUAUGGAUGCUUUGGAGAACGAUAUGAGGACCUUCGAGAGAAAUUCUCGGAGUGGGGUAUGGACUCGUCCUCAAGUCAUGAGGCGCAUCCAGAAGGGUCUUCGAGAAGUCCACACCCUGAGCGUCCAGGACAAGGAUCAGCUGGCAACAGGCCUUAACUCUGUCUUCGAUGUCUUCUGCUUCCUAGUGCGACUCCUUCCGCACCAUAGACGGAAGUUUGGGGUUUACGAUGUAGACAACGUUAUCCAAGCACUAAGACUGCCAUCACACAAGCAUCUGGUGCUAUUCUGUGCCAUCGCAGGCAAUGACUACUCAAGGAACCUCGAGACGUUAGGCUCGGUCAAUAAUCUUCGAUUAAUUCGAAAGGUUGCGUGGAACGAGAUCUACAAUAAAAUGCUUCGGGACUACCUAAGGGAAGCUAGUAAGGUGUUGGGAAGGAACGCAGCCUCUGAAGAAGGCCGUUUCAGAGUAGCUCUCCGCAUUUUUACUUCCGGCCAUCAAACGUCGGCCCAAGCGUUACCAUCGAACAAUGGGUUCGAUAACUUCAAGCAGCGUCUACUCAAUGGAAAGGAUCUUCGCCAUAGAAUGGCUCAGCAAAGGCGAGCGCAGCGCCGCAGAACAGACACACCGUCAUUCUAUAUAGCGAAAGGGUCAUAUAGGAACCAGUUCCGGCCCAUCUUUUCUGACAAGGCGAGCAUAUUGAACGGACGCAUAGUUGAUAUCAGUAACUGCCGUCAGCACCAUAGGCCGGGCCUUAAGCAUCCACCACGUCGGAGAAAGGCAAAAAAGAAGCAACAGAAAAAACAAAAGCGGAAGCACAAAGGCAAGAAGCCCCACAGGGCUAAAAAAGAAGGUGCACCAAUUAGGAACUUGAAGGAUGCUACGAAGGUUGACCACAGCUACAGCGGUAAGCACCCUAUCAAGGCCUUAACAAUUGGGUCCCUUAAGGCCUCCAUGGCAAGGAAAGGCGGACUGGACGCAGAUGAAAGGGAUAGUAUUGCAAGCCAGAUCCGAGGGGCAGUUGUUGUCCUCAACCGACUACGCCGCUAUGCAUACUGGGUGAUUGCCUUGGACAUUGAGAGGAUCAUGCGGUUACCAGGGGCAGCAAAGUCGAGGAAAAAGGCGCUGGACGAGGUCUUGGAUAGCAAUGAUUAUUCCUUCCGUCUCGCCACCCUUCUUUUGAGCGGUCAAGGUGGCCCCAAUUCAGCUUACGCGAGGGCAAAGAAACAAGGAAAGGCGGUAGAAACGCCCCAUCAUCACCUCGCUUAUGAACAUUUCAAGGCCACCACUGAACUUUCCCCAAUAAAGGAUAUAGACAUCACAUUGGGGGACGUCCAAGGCUUUGAUCCCAAAAAGAUCACAUUUCCAAGAGCGUCAGACUUACUAAUGGGCCAAGUACAGACAUCAUUAAGGCAGCACUACAGGAACGCAAUGUUUGAUGUCGAGAAAACAAGUGAAGAUAUGAGUGACAUUGAGUUUUUUUUGCGGGAGAACAAAAAAGUCAAAGCACGAGGACACUUCGCUGUAGGGGCGCACGAAUUUUACACCAGCGCCCGCUGCCCCCGACCCCUCUGCGAUAGCUUUUUAGAGACGGUAUACCCUCGCUCUAAAUAUUGCCGGACAUGUAAGGUAUUCUUCGACCGUGACGCAGUAGGGGCGGAAAACAUCGCAAGAAUCGGUCUUGCUCAAAUUGAGAGGCAAGAGAGGCCUGCAAAGUACAAGCCCACGGAAGAGUCGCCUGCUCCGGCUGCAAAGCGCGCACGACGCUAG